AUGUCUCGGGAUCGGUUCCGUAGCCGAGGCGGUGGCGGUUUCCACCGGCGGGGAGGGGGUGGCGGAGGCCGGGGAGGCCCCAACCAUGAUUUCCGGUCUCCACCGCCCGGCAUGGGUCUUGGCCAGAACCGCGGCCCCUUGGGGGGCGGCCCGCCUGGCGGGGGCCCUAAGCCCGAACCCCCGAAGCCGCCCGUCUCGACCGCCACGCCGCCCGCCUCGUCCUCUUCCGCCACUGCCACUACCUCGGGCCCCUCCGGCAGCCAGGCCGGCUCCGGGCCCCCCGUGGGGCCUACACCGGCCGCGGGACAGCAACAGCCGCAGGCCCAGGCGGCCGCCGCUGCCGUUCCCCCUUCCACCCCGUCCGUCCCUGGGGGACAGGCGCAGCCGAAGCCGAGCCCCACCCCUGCCGUCGGCCCCAAGAAAGGUCCGGGCCAGUCUCCGGGCGGGGGGCCCAAGGGCCCGGGGGGGGCCCAGCAGGGCCCCGGCGGCCCGCACCCCAAGGGAGGGCAGGGACACCGCGGCGGCCCGGGCGGCGAGCAGCGCGGGCGCGGCCAGGGCCAGCAGCACCCAGGGCAGAGCCUCAAUUUGCAGCAGGGCUCGGCCGGAGGCAGCGGCGAGAAGGCCACGGACGAGGGCUUUAAAGCAAAUCUCUCUCUUCUGAGGCGACCUGGAGAGAAGACUUACACCCAACGUUGCCGUCUGUUUGUGGGGAACUUGCCUGCUGAUAUUACAGAUGAAGAAUUCAAAAGAUUAUUUGCUAAAUAUGGGGAGCCUGGAGAGGUUUUUAUCAACAAGGGGAAAGGAUUUGGAUUCAUUAAAUUGGAAUCCAGAGCACUGGCUGAAAUUGCAAAGGCAGAACUAGAUGAUAUUCCUAUGAGAGGCCGACAGCUUCGAGUUCGUUUUGCCACACAUGCUGCUGCUCUGUCUGUGCGUAACCUUUCACCCUAUGUGUCCAAUGAGUUAUUGGAGGAAGCUUUUUCACAGUUUGGUCCAGUUGAAAGAGCUGUUGUGAUUGUAGACGAUCGUGGCAGAUCAACAGGAAAAGGCAUUGUUGAAUUUGCAUCUAAGCCAGCUGCAAGGAAGGCAUUUGAACGGUGCACCGAAGGAGUAUUCUUGUUGACAACUACUCCUAGGCCAGUUAUUGUGGAACCACUUGAACAACUGGAUGAUGAAGAUGGUCUUCCAGAAAAGCUUGCUCAGAAGAAUCCAAUGUAUCAAAAGGAAAGAGAAACUCCACCCCGCUUUGCUCAGCAUGGCAGUUUUGAAUUUGAAUAUUCCCAGAGGUGGAAAUCCUUAGAUGAAAUGGAAAAACAGCAAAGAGAUCAGGUGGAGAAAAACAUGAAAGAUGCCAAGGACAAACUUGAAAGUGAAAUGGAAGAUGCCUAUCAUGAACAUCAGGCAAAUCUCUUGCGUCAAGACCUUAUGAGGCGUCAAGAAGAAUUGAGGCGUAUGGAGGAACUUCAUAAUCAAGAAAUGCAGAAACGCAAGGAAAUUCAGUUAAGGCAGGAGGAAGAACGUCGUAGGCGGGAAGAAGAAAUGAUGAUUCGCCAGCGUGAGAUGGAAGAACAGAUGAGAAGACAAAGGGAAGAGAAUUACAGUAGAAUGGGUUACAUGGAUCCAAGAGAGAGAGACAUGAGAAUGGGUGGUGCCAGCACAAUGAACAUGGGAGAUCCCUAUGGUGCAGCAGCUCAGAAAUUCCCACCUAUGGGUGGUGGUGGUGGUGGUGGCGGUGGCGGCAUAGGUUAUGAAGCCAGUCCCGGUGUUGGCCAACCAGCCAUGAGUGGUUCUAUGAUGGGAAGUGACAUGGUGAAGAUGAUGCAAGCUGAGUGAAAUCAACGUGCUCAUCCAUGUGAGUAGGGCCUGAGCACAAUCCAGAAUGUGACCUGAUGUCCGGUGAUGUGGAGUAGCCAGACUGCGAAGUGAAUGGAACCAAGAUAAGCAUUGUUUGAGGCUUUCCGGCUCUGCAGCAUCAAUAAACCCUGCUCAUUGAACUCUACAGAUGCUCAGACACACACAAGGAACCUAACAUGUUAAUUUCAAGCACCAUAAGAAAAGCAUGGUGCAUUAGGAGGAGAAAGGUCUAGGGCAGAUAGCUUAACACUUGAGUAAAAACAAUUGCAUAAAUUAAACUUGAUACAAAAAUAUUGGUUCUGCUUUUCAUCUUCAAAACAUUUUACAAACAAUUGAACUUCACAGCAUCCCGCAAGGAAGAAGCAGUGUUUGAAGUCCAGAACCCAGUGGAGAGGAGCCAGGGACUUAAGUGGCAAUGUUUAUCUUUCAAUAAAAUAUUCAAUUGCUA